UCUUACUAUUUAGCAGCGUCUUCAGUGUCCGAGAGUUUAAGGAGAGACGAACUGCAGCCGAAGAAAUCUCAGAAAUUGAAAAGACAUCAGUGAAGAGAUCAGCAGACUGUUGGAUAUCCGAGAUAACGUCACACAGACCUCCCACAACAACAUGAAGUGUGAGGAAGAGGAGGGUCUGGAUGACCAGCAGGUCUGUAACCAGGAGAGAAAUUCCAGUCUGAACAAGCAGAGCCCAGAGCUCCCACAGAUUAAAGAGGAACAGGAGGAAGUCUCCACCACUCAGGAUGUAGACUCGCUUGUAGUGAAGCAGGAGGCUGAAGGAAUCAUCGUCUGGACUGGGGAAGAGCGGCUCAGACUACUGGAUACAAUCUGGAAAUGUGAAAAACAUGACAAAGACUUCCUGCAACAACAUGUCUGUAAGCAAGAGGAGGAUCUGGAUGACCAGCAAGUUUUUAACCAGGGGGGCAACUUGAGUCUUGACCAGGAGGACCCAGAGCUUCCACAGAUUAAAGAGGAACCAGAGGAACUCUGCACUAGUCAGGUGCUUGUGCUGAAGGUCGAGACUGAUACCUUUAUGGUGACUUCUACUUAUGAGGAACCUGAACCAAACAGUGACCAGCUUCUUUCUUACAACUCUCCUGAACCAGAAAGUCGAGAUGAGGAUGAAAGUGAGCAUGUAGACUCAGGAUCAAAAAGAAAUGCAAAGCCUGAGAAGAGAGGACAUCACAGAAACAGUAACACAGCAGACGGCUGUCCUGUGUCAGAGAGUCAGUGUGGAACUGACACAAGUAAAAAGUCUUUAAAAUGUGACACUUGUGGAAAAACCUUUGAAUAUAAAUACAAACUGACAAAACACCAGAGAGUCCACACAGGUGAGAAGCCACAUUCUUGUAGCACUUGUGGAAAAAUUUUUAGUUACAUGUCUGCGUUAAAAACUCACAUGAGAAGUCACACAGGUGAGAAGCCAUAUUCUUGUAGCAUAUGUGGAAAAAUAUUUAGUUACCUGUCUGCAUUAAAAACUCACAUGAGAAGUCACACAGGUGAGAAACCACAUUGUUGUAGCACAUGCGGGAAAAGGUUCAGUGAUCUGAUGAACUUGAAAUCUCAUAUAAGAGUCCAUACUGGUGAGAAGCCAUAUUCCUGUAGCACCUGUGGAAAAAGAUACAGUGAUAGGACGAACUUGAAAACUCACAUGAGAAUUCACACAGGUGAGAAGCCAUAUUCCUGUAACCUCUGUGGUAAAAGAUACAGUGAUAGGACAAACUUGAAAACUCACAUGAGAACGCACACAGGUGAAAAGCCAUAUUUCUGUAGCACCUGUGCGAAAAGAUUCACUUAUAGGAUACAGUUGAGAAGACACAUGAAAAUCCAUGUUUGUUAAAAGCUUCCUUCUUAGAUAAUGUUUGAAAGCUGUUAGGUGGAACAGUUUAAUAGUGGAGCACAUGUUCAUGAGGAACCAAAUCACUUCAAAGCCGGAAGGAAGCGCUCAUACCAUUUUCAGGUCAAUAUGGUAUAUAUCCUGUCUAGAAUAGUAAUUAACUCUACUCUCUGAAUUGUUUAUUCCAAUUGUUAGCCUUUUUUUGUAUAAGGAAAACACUGAUUUUACAGCCAUCCAUCCCUUUUAUGGCACUUUUCCAGGGCCAAAUGUUAGGGCAGUCUAGGCAGAGAAUUAUAGACAUCACUCAUCCCGACAACCUGCUUCAGCUCAUUUGGGGGACACCAAGGCAUUAGGUUCUAGGUUAGCGAUAAUAUAUAAUUUCUGUAGUGUGGCCCGGGUCUGCCCUUGGGCCCCUUUGUGUUGGAACACCUCACCUAGGAAAAGCUCAGGAGGCAUCCUAUUCAGAUGUCUGAGCCACCUCAAUUGGCUGCAUGCCACAUUAUUUUUAUUAUUUAAGUCGUGUACAUAGAACAAGAUACAAAGCCUUAAAACGUGUUAAAAACACAACAGCCUUGAUAAACAUGGAGCAGUUAGGAUCUAAAAGCAGGGUUCAUCACGUCAUCACUUAAAGACCAGAUGACAACAAGCCAGAUACCCCAUGCUCCUAUGAGGAUAAAGAGCUGGACCUGAACCUGUGGUUCGAUUAACACAGUCAUUUCUCUUGUACCCUGGCAUAGAUCUUUCCAGGAGUCAGAAUAAUGUGUUGCCUCUGUAAUUGGAGCACAUCUUCCAGUCCCCCCUUCUUAGGCUACCACUCCAGUCAGAGUUGUAGCCUUAGAUUGAAAAAGCAGAGAGGUGUGUCAGCCAAGAAAGUGCCACAACAUUCAGAGUGUUGAGAAACUCAUGGUGAAUCUCAUCCACCCCAGCAGCCCUGCCACCAAGGAGUUGUUUAACUACCUCAAUGACCUCAGCCCCAGUUACGGGCAAGUCAUCCCCCUAGUUUCCAGACUCUACUUCAUGUACAGAAAGCAUGUCAGUGGGAUUCAGAAAAUCCUUCAGGUUGUCUAUUUCUUGUUUCCUCAGUUCAAGUCAGCAGCACCCCACCCAUACUAUACACCAUAUAUGAGUACAGCACCACUUUGCCCUCCUGAGUCACUUGGUAGUUUGCCAGAAUCUCUUUGAGGGAGAUCAAAAGUCUUGUUUCAUGGAUUAACCAGACUCCUGCACCAGAGAUUUUGUUUCAGCUUCUUCCAGAGCCACACUCUGCUUGGCCCAGUGGAAUCUGUUUCCUUUGGAAUCCCACAGGAUAACCACAGGAGCUCUUUCAGUUUGACAACUCCCUUCACCUUGGUUAUUCACCAUCUGUACAGGGAUUACCCCAUAACAGGCAACUCCCAGCCAUAGCUCUGUGCAGGUGCCUCAACAGUGAAGGUGCAGAACAUGGUCCACUCAGACUCAAUGUGCCCAGGCUUCCUCAGAAAACUGCUACUUGAUCCAUCUCACCACCAGGUGGUGAUCAGUUGGCAGCUCUGUUCCUCUAUUCACUCAUGUGUCCAAGACCACCAAUAAAACAUUGACAAAAUCUAUCCUUGACCUUUGACCUGGGGUGUCCUAGUACCACAUGCACUUAUGCGAAUAACUUA